AUGGACGCAGAGCAGUUCCGGAGAGCUGCUCAGUCAGCCGUUGAAGACAUUAUUCAGCACUUCAAUACCCUUCCAUCCCGUCGAGUUAUUCCUGAUAUCGAGCCCGGGUACCUCCGCCCACUGAUUCCGCAAUCCGCCCCGACAGAACCGGAGACUUGGGAACAAAUACAGCAGGAUAUCGACUCCCAGAUAAAACCGGGCCUGACACACUGGCAAUCUCCCCAUUUCAUGGCUUUUUUCCCGGCACUAACGACUUAUCCCAGCAUGCUGGAAUUGGAGAUUGUUGUACUAGAUUGGGUUGCGCAGGUUAUUGGACUGCCGGGGUGUUUCCACAGCUCUAAUAAGACGGGUGGCGGCGGAGUUAUUCAGGGCAGUGCUAGCGAAGCGGUGGUCACGGUCAUGGUGGCCGCUCGAGAGAGAAUGCUUCGCGAUCUUGCGGCUGCCAAGGGUCUCAAAGAGGAUACGCCCGAAUGGGAGGAUGAGAUCAUGUCUGUUCGUGGUAGCCUUGUGGCGUUAGGAAGCGACCAGGCUCACAGUUGCACUGCUAAAGGCGCUCGUAUCGUUGGAACUCGCUAUCGCUCAGUGCCCACGAGCCUCGAAGAGAAUUUUGAAAUGACCGGAGCUUCGCUGCGUAAGGUCCUUGAAGAGUGCGAAACUGCUGGGUUAGUGCCGUACUACAUAACGACGACCAUGGGUACAACGAGUACAUGUGCAACAGACCGUUUUGCGGAAAUCAAGGCCGUUCUUGCAUCGAAGCCCUCGUGGCAGAAGAUAUGGGUGCACAUUGACGCGGCCUUCGCUGGCGCUGCUCUCAUCACGCCCGAACACCAACCCAUCGCAGAUGAAUGGAGUUCUGGAAUCGACAGUUUUAACUUCAACAUGCAUAAAUGGCUCCUGGUCAACUUCGAUGCUAGCUGCUUGUUCGUCCGAGCAAGAACUGAUCUCACAUCUGCCAUGGAUAUCACACCCGCGUACCUCCGCAAUCCGUACUCCGACCGGCCUGACACGGUGGACUUCCGAAACUGGCAAAUUCCUCUAGGACGACGGUUUCGUGCCUUAAAGAUCUGGCUUGUAAUGCGCGUAUACGGGGUCACGGCAAUGAGAGCCUUCAUCUACAAGGGUUUGCAUCAUGGCGACGUCUUCAGUAAACUGUUUCGUAGCAGGACGGAUUUGUUCACCAUUGUGACUCCGCCGGCAUACGGACUGACCGUCUUCAGAGUCUCAGAUGAUUCUGCUGCGGCAGUGGGAAGUACCAGUGCCGCCAUCUCACAGCAACUAUAUGAGACAAUCAACGCCAAUGGAGAUAUUUUUAUAACAUCAUCAGUGGUCGGAGGAAUCUAUGUUAUCCGGGUAGUGAGCGCCUCGUUGUUGUCGGAGGAAAAGUACGUGCGUGAAGCUUUUGAUAUCAUCGUACGAACGACAGAGGAGACCCUUUUAGGCACGAAAACAGGUGGACCAAGUGGCUUAGACAAUUAA